AUGCACAAUUUUGGGGAUGAAUUCACAAUAGAAAGCUACAGAAUCCCAUGGCUUGUAUGGAUCCAGGUGAUGGUGAUGAUCCUCCUCCUCAUUCUUCUCUUCUGCUUCAGCAUCUUAGUCUUAGAUCUCGGGGACCACAGCAACACCACCACCACUAGCAACAACAAGCCUUCAUCUUCUUCCACUAGCCGCUUAGUUGCUGAUGAUCUUCCCAAGCACAACACCUCAACCACAGCUUUUACACACCGCUUACAAAAUACCCAGUUAGAUGUGGAAUGUAUUUGGCAGCUAGGAAAAUGUGGAAAAGAAUCUAAGAAAGAAAUAAAGAAAGAAAUGAAUAAAUAG